UGAGAAGGCUCUGUGAGCCAAAUUUCAGCUAAAUCGGGAUGGCCCGUUUCUCGCUGCUGGACUCGCUGCUCGCUGCUCGCUGCUAGUUUGACAGACGUUCGACAGAUAAUAUACCGACCGAUAUAUACCGUUGGCGGCGGGUGGCGCUAAUAAUCAUUUUAUUUUAUGUGAGAGCAAGAUUUUACAGCAUCAAGUUUUCUUGUGAUUUAGCGAAUACCGCCCUGUGCUUAUUGUUUUCUCCUGUCAUGAUCUUGUGUCAAAUGUGGCAGGUGGUAGGAUGGUUAUUUAUCUCACUCCUCCCACUGGCUCUGUUAGCUUAACUACAAUUGAGAGACUAUGCGUGGUUAGAUUUGAAUAUCUAAAAUACCUGAUGAAUGUAAAUAGUUUAGAAGAGUUCCUAGAAGCCACAUCAAUAAAUUUCUUUGUUCAAAACUCAGACUGUUUGAUGGAGCACAACCCGAGUGACAAACUGAGCUUCUUCACGCUCAGGCUGCUGAGUCUACAAUCGCCCCCACUGUGCACCAUGGUGGAGGCUGCUGAGCGCCGACUGCUGCACUACCGGCUCCGGCUGAUGUCGUUAGCCGAGCUCCGCUACACCCUGUGCCGGACCGCGGCUCGCGCUGACCGGCUGCGCGGCCCGCUGCCUCCCGGUGACACUCGCCGUCUGCUGGAUUCCCUGGUGUCGGUGACGGCUGCAGCGGACAGACAUCUGGCUGAGCACGGAGUGGAGACGGAGGGGACGGCACCCAGUCGGUCCCAACUGGAGACCUGCGAGGAGCCUGUCGUUAGAGUGCCGUUCGCUCUGGUGGCGCCUCUGGUCGCCUCCCGCUCGGUGACGCUGUCGGACGGGUACGCGCUGCUGCUGUGUCGCCACACGCCGGCGGUGCUCUCCUGUCUCCAGGAGGCGGCGCUGCGCGUGGGCCAGCGGCAGGUGCGUCCGGUGGUCGACCAGCGACUGCUGCCGCUGCUGAGCCGGCUCACCUCCCGUCUGGGGGUGGUGGAGGGGUCGGGACCGGCCGCGCCGCUGUCGCUGGCCGCUCUGGAGGCCGCCGCGCCGCUGUUGCCGCCCUGUAUGCUGGCGCUGCGUGCGGAGCUCCGUCGCCGCCAUCGGCUGCCGCAUCAGGACCGGGUGGCGCUCAGUGCCUUCCUGAAGGACGUUGGGCUGUCGCUGGAGGACAAUGUCAGGUUCUGGGAGCGUGAGUACUGCCAGCCGGCCGGACACGGUGCGACCUGCUCACACAGCUGGUCCCGCUGCCAGAAGCGGUACCUGUACAGUCUCCGACAUAUGUACGGUCUGGAAGGGCGUCGUGUCGCGUUCGAGAGCCACUCCUGUCGCAGACUACAGGAGCGCUGCGGACAGAGCGUCUCCAGCUGCGGCGGCUGUCCGUUCGUCGGAUUCGACGCGGCGUCGCUGACGUCUCUGUUGACCUCAGAGGCUGGCCUGGAGCCUGCUGAGGUAGCGGCGCUGACGACAGAGACCGGUGAGGAGCCGACUGUGCGCUGUCGAAGGUAUCGGUCACUGCUGAUGCGUCGAAUGUGUGGGCGGGGUGGCGCUCAGGGCGAGCGAAUGCCUCGGGAUGAUAGUGUGAGACGAGAUGAAGCAAGUGCCUUCCCUCAGACAGACAAUGUGAGACAAGAUGAGGCAAGUGAGCUUCCUCAGGUAGACGGUGUGAGACCAUAUGAGGCAAGUGGGCUGCCUCUGGUAGACAGUGUGAAACGCGCUGAAGCCAGCGGUGCGGAGGUCGGUAACUUGAUCGCGAACAGUGACCGGGGCGACAUCUGCGCAAAGACCGGGCUGCGGGAACGGAUCGUAGAUGGAGCGGGCUGUGAUUCGGUAUCCGGCAGCUCGCGACCGCCGGGUACUGCUACACUGGGGAACGAGGAGCCGACGCCUUUCAGAAAACCCAGCGAGUUUUUCCGUAGUCUGCUGAACCUCCGUGCAGAUCAGGGCAUCGGUGCUUCUAUCGCAAAUCCCAAAGUUGAAAAUAGUUAUAAAAAAUGACACCUUAGUGGGCUGAAGCGGCUAACCAAAUGUUCAAUUCCAGGCACCAAUGAAUACUCAAGAGUGUGGUACCGAACUGUGAUAGCGAUAUCAGGGCAUGGGCUGAUGCAUAGAUAACAUGAAUCUUUCAUGUUACCUAUUCUAUGGCUGAUGGUUUCGACAUAAAUGUGUGAAUGUGUUUUCGUUUGACUGGCAUUAAAUGCAUCAAUCUUCCCACACACCUGUGACUAUUAUUCCAUGCUAGAUGACGGGGGAUAGUAGAUAUCACUUGCCUCGCAUCAGUGUAUAUGUUACAGCCCGAGUUUGAGAAAUCAGUGAGUGUGCAAACUCCCUAGGAAGUUUGCAAACUCCCUGACCCAUCAGUGAGUCCGGUCAGGGAGUUUGAGAAAUUCCAGAGCGAUUGGGACAAAUAAAAACAAGUACAUAUGUAGCAUAUGGGUAGCAUACGUGCCGUCCGUGAUGUUAGAACAAAGGCGGCUAGUUGUAGGGCCUAUUGAACCGUCGCCCGCUGACAAAAAGCUUACAGACCAUAUGCACACCAUAAAUACCUACUUUGAUUUUAAACUGUUCAGUGAUCCAGCCCAAACAUGUGCCGCCGCUUCAUUCAUCCAUGCAUUUAUUUAGUUCACGUCCCAAUUAAAAUCCGUUCUACACAAGUGCUCCACACUUGUGCCUAUACUUUAGCAUAAAUGACCAACUGAGCUGUUUCUACUUUGAUAUAUUGAGCAGUGACUUUGAAUAGCUACACUUGUGUGGAACGGAUAUAAUUGGGCCGUGAGCUAAAUAAAUGUAUGGCUAAAUGAAGCGGCGGUACAUGCAUGGGCCGAGUCACUAAACAGUUUAAAAUCAAAAGUAUGGUGUGUAUAUGAUCUGUGGGCUAUUUGUCAGCGUGCGUAGGUUAUAUAGGCCCUACAACUUAUAGCCGCCUUUGUUUUAUUUCUCAAACUCCCUGAACGGUUAGUGAGUUUGCGAACUCCCUAGUGAGUUUGCGAACUCCCUAGUGAGUUUGCAAACUCACUGACGGGUCAGGGAAUUUUCAAACCACCUAGGGAGUUUGCAAAGUCACGGAUUUCUCAAACUCCCUGUAAUACAUAUAAAGGGGAGUGACGGGUGUACACAUGCAUCAUUCAUAUCCAAAUAUGUGGCUGUUAAAUACCCCAUCUUUUUUCCCAUUUCUGGUAAUUAUGAAUAUAGGAUUAAUGUGAAUGUCGAUGGAUUACAUAAGUGAGUGCCGUCACGAUCAAGGAGAUCUCAUGUAACCGUGCGGCGUGCAUACUUUCUCAAGCCAAACCAGUGGGCAGUGACAUUCAUUUGUUGGCUUUGAAAGCUGUAUUCGUCAAUCGUCUUACCUUGUACGUAUUUUUGACUUGCAACGUCUGUCUAUCUACUUUUGGCCGUUCUUUUUAUCUUUUAUCGAAAUAUCGCAUGAAUAAAAAUCAUAAGCGUC